GAUAAUUGUAAUGUAAACGUCUAAGUCCAAUGGCGUCAUAUAUAAUUUAUUUUAACAUAGAACUAUAUCAUUGAUGUUUUGGUGCGUCAUAUUCGUAACAAGCAGGAGUGAUAGUCUGCAUCCUCCAAGUAAAGAGGCAAUAUCAACCGUCCAUCAUGGGCUAUGAAACAGCAAGAUUUACUUCAGCUAACAUAGACAAAGAUCUCAUGUGCCCAAUCUGCAUGUGUGUGCUGGAAAAGCCUGUGGAGACACCAUGUGAGCACAGUUUCUGCGAGGCAUGCAUCCUGCAGUGGCUGCAGACGAGACGCCGUUGUCCGCUGGACAACACAGUGGUGGGCACGAAUCAGCUAUGUGAGCCCAGCAGACUGCUCACCAAUCAGCUGGGCAGACUGGAGAUCGCGUGCGAUUUUCGCGCCGAGGGCUGCACGGAGAGGGUGCCUCUGGAGUAUCUGGCCGCGCACCGUCUGAAGUGUCCGCACAACCCUCGGCCGGGCCAGCAGCCGCGGACGGCCGACGCCCGCGCCGCCGUCCAGCCCAGACAGGGCCGGCCUGCGUACCACGACCAGUACGAGGACGAUGACAUACCCUCCGGCCUGGAGGCUGGGCUGGCCGUCGGAGCCGUGGCAAUGGUCGGUGCCGCCAUCGGAGCCGUCGUCGGUGGCAUCAUCGGCUACAAACGCGGUAGGAACCGAACACACGACUGAUGGACGAGUCACCCGACGGCAACUCUACCAGAUGUGCUGCACAUCAGAGGAUGGUCUCAACUGAUGUGAUGCGAUUGAUGAUUGUUACAGUGAUGAUGACACGCAUGUCUUCGAACUUGCUUAAUAAUCACGAUGGUAGAAUUGAUCGAUUUCGGCCGGCGCGCCGAGGCGCGUUGCUGACGUUAGUGUCAUAGGGUAUAUUUUUUAUGGGUGCUUACUUACACUGAACAGCCAGACGUUAAGCAGCUGCAUUGAAGUUUGUUGGAUCCGAUGCGGCUGCAAGCGUUAUCUCUGUCGCGCAUUCGGCAGACUAUUGACUCCCCAGUGAGUGAAGCGUGGUGGGGUCGUAGAUGGAUUUGUACAAGCAACGUGGCCCGUGGUACUGUUGCUAGCUUAUCGCUUAUUCAUGUUGUAGUUCAUGGAAUAUAGAGCAAGGAGAGUUUAUUUUGUAAUGCUGAGUGUGUUCGCUAGCUAGCUGAACCAAACAUUUCAGAGCUUUAUGUCUUUCCUAUGCUGGUUUUCUUUAGCGUUUAAGUAGUGUCCCCUAGCAUAUAAUUCAAUGAUUGAUGCGUUGCUUUGCUUGCAGUUAUAUACAGUGUGAAUCGUGGUAUGCUAUUAUCUAUCGAAAUAACUAUAUGAUAUUACA